AUGGCUGUAAAAAAGCUGCCGUGCCUGCGCGCGUAUGUGUGUGUCUGUGUGUUGGGUCAUGAAUUCCGAGAGCAAUAUGAUGAUUCCUCUCUUGGUGCAGAUCAAAGAGGCUCAAACCUAGUCGGCGAAACAAUGGGCCAGUGGAAGUAUAUAUCCACUCGGGAGAAGCGACCGUUGCAGGGGAGAACUGGAUCCCACUCUCUGGUAGCGAGCGGCGAUAGCUUGGCCAUCGACCAUCACGAGCAAUGCAGAAUCACCAGUCUGUCUCCUGACGGACAGGGGCACAACGGUAUAAGUGAGGAAGCCAGGGCAGUGCGCGUGAUCAAACCGACUGAGAUGAAUCGAUCCCAAGUCCGUCCUUGUUACGCGCCUUCAGCUGGCCCGGGCGUAGAUGUCUUCCUUGCUCUUUUUCGGCUUAAUCGAAAGUCCUUGCCCCCGUUCCUGAACCAGGAACAGGAGACACGAGUCUCAGUCUCAUGUGCCAAAGGUCUAGAAUGGUCAAUGAAUGAAAGCAGUCGGUUUCUGAUGAUGGAACAAUCAGUGAAUCCCGAAAUACACAAGGUCUGCUAUCGGGGUUCCUUGAAGAUCAUGGAGACCGUAGACUUCGACUAG